AUGUUCACAAAGACGAUGCUGCCAGCAACGGAUCAUUCGAAAGUGUACUACCGUCCCUUCAGGAAAGAUUUCUACGUCGACACUCCAGAAAUUGCGAAAAUGACGAAGGAGGAGGUGAAGGUGUACAGAGAAGAGUUGGACGGAAUUGAGGUGAAGGGUAACAAGUGUCCCAAGCCUGUCAAAACAUGGGCUCAGUGUGGAGUUGAGUUCAAAAUUCUCCAGCAACUGAAAAGGCUGAAUUACACGAAGCCGACACCCAUUCAAGCUCAGGCGAUACCGUGCAUAAUGGCUGGUCGUGAUCUCAUCGGUAUUGCCAAGACAGGUUCAGGAAAAACGCUUGCAUUCCUUCUUCCUAUGUUCCGUCAUAUUUUGGAUCAACCAGAGUUGGACGAACUUGAUGGUCCCAUAGCUUUAAUCAUGUCUCCUACUCGUGAGUUGGCAAUGCAGACGUGGAAGGAGGCAAAUAAAUUUGCUAAGAUUCUUGAUCUUCGAGUUGUAUGUGUAUAUGGUGGUGUAGGAAUAUCCGAACAAAUUGCGGACCUGAAAAGGGGUGCAGAAGUGAUUGUGUGUACUCCAGGAAGAAUGAUUGACAUGCUCGCUGCAAACAGCGGAAAAGUAACCAACCUGCGACGAGUCACCUAUCUUGUCCUCGACGAGGCAGAUCGGAUGUUUGACAUGGGUUUCGAGCCACAGGUCAUGAAAAUUAUCAACAACAUCCGUCCAGAUCGACAGACCGUAUUGUUUUCAGCGACUUUCCCACGCCAGAUGGAAGCGCUUGCGAGGAAAAUACUCGACAAACCAAUUGAAAUACAGGUUGGAGGCAAGAGUGUUGUUUGUGCUGAUGUGACGCAGAAUGCCGUGAUUUGUGAAGAACAUCAGAAACUGCUGAAACUCCUCGAGCUACUGGGAAUGUACUAUGAAGAGGGAAAUGUGCUUGUAUUUGUCGAUAAACAAGAAAAGGCUGACGACAUCGUUGCCCAAUUGAUGCGAAAUGGAUAUUCUUGCGCCCCUCUUCAUGGAGGAAUAGAUCAGUUCGAUAGGGACUCUACGAUCACUGAUUUCAAAAAUGGGACCAUCAAAAUUUUGGUUGCUACCUCUGUCGCUGCUCGUGGUCUUGAUGUAAAGAAUCUUAUAUUGGUUGUCAAUUAUGACUGUCCCAACCAUUAUGAAGACUACGUUCACAGGGUUGGCAGAACAGGUCGUGCAGGGAACAAAGUUAGCGGCCGUGAACCGUUUAUUUCUACCUGA